UGCCCACCUGAUGAUAGCUCUAUUCAGUAAUAUGUGUUCAACUCAGGCUGAUAACAAUUCUAGGAAAUAGCGGUAGGUAGCGGUAUCUACCCUGAGUUGAACAGAUAUCAAUGAAUGGAGCAGUGCAAAUUGAGGAAACGGCAACGUAACUCGUGGAGAGACUGAGAAACACAACUUCCAGGCAACGGAGCAUUCGGAGCGAUUCGGUGUGUCCUGCACGAUCCUGCGCAAGUGUCGGCCAAUAAGCAGGCGAAGGUGUUCUUUCGAUAAUUAGGAGAAAGAAAGUGUUGUAUAACUGCAAUUGUUAUCGAAUAUAUGGGAGAUUAAGCACGACAUUCUAGCUUGUUAAUGUUUACACUUUUAAUUUCGUAGAUUGUAGUAAUGUUAUUGAUCAUGGAGGUUCAUGCGCAGGAAUUGUGUGGGGCAGCUGUAAAAAUUAUAAUUCUGUAAUCCGCGUUACAGUGGUAGCGUUCAAGGUUUAAGGUUAUGUAGUAAAAUAUCAUGUAACUAUUUCAAACUUUUAUUAGGACGGACUGCUGACACUGGUAGACAUAGGUAAAACAUUGACCUAAUAGGUUAUAGUUUAUAUUGUAUUGAGUAAUGCGCCUUUACGUCGAAAUGAAAUGUCGUUGAUUAUUUAGAUGUGUUUUGUGUUAUUGGAGUGAAUCGGAGAACUGCUCAGAAUGCGUGGAACAUCCAGAAGAUGCUAAUCGGAUACAGUGUACUUAUUAUUAUAUUUGAUCAAAUGCUUCUGAUAAAGGAAACUUGGGUGUGGUGGGAUGGUAGGGGAAAGUACCACUUCUCCAGGUCUUGUGCUUAAAAAGUUAAAACAAAUGUGACUAGUCUUCAGCUAGCAUGAGGGGUCCUUUAUCCAGUAUGACCAGUAAAACAAGCAGCUUGAAGGCGUUACUUCUACGAGCCUGGCGGGAGCGUUGGUCCGACCUACAGUGGGGCAUCCACAUCAAAACAAUUUUACCACGAGGGGUCAGUGGUGAUGUAUACAACCUGGCUGACUGCAUCCUUCAGCAAGCUCUGGUUGGCCCUGGACCAAACCAGCUGGUUGUGUCAUAUCUCAAACAUUCGCUUAGUUCACAGCUUGUGUCAUAUGCAGCCGUCUUGCAGCGAAUCAGUAAAUAUGAUGGAUUCCAUAAACCUCACUGCAUUAUCAGUCUUCUUGAAUUUCUUGAAGCCAUCCAGGGAGGUAUAACAUGCCGAGGAAAACCAGAGGAAGGUUUGCUGGCAGCAUCAGUUUUGUCUAUAGUCCAGUGGCUUUUAACCUGCAUGCAGCAUGCCCUUAAGAAUAUGCCUGAACUCCGGAAUGGCAACAUUGAACUCACCUCCAUGCUGGAUAAACCGGCUGUUAUCUUGACAGAGAUACUCAAGUGCGACUUCCUCGUCGCCAUGUUAUAUCUUGCCAAGCAUGAGUGCAGAGAUAUAUACCAUGAAGUUGUCAAGAAAUGUCACGAGCUGGAAGCAUUGUUGAGUCAGAAUUCAUUCCAGCCCAGUGUUCCUAUUGGAGAUUCAAUGAGGAAGCUGCGUCAGUUGGAUAUCAGCAGCGACGGUGGAGUGGAUGGGAAGCCUGAUGACACAGAACCAGUUACGUACUGCUUGCAGGCUCUUUUGGCUAUUGAAGUACUUCUGAACCCGAGCUCUGACACACAGAUGUUUGUCAAUGAAUUACUGAUGGUCCAGAGAUUAAAGGGUUACAGCAUGCCUCGUCUGUACUCGGAGGUUAUGCGAGCUUGCCUCAUCACUCUAAAUGAUGCGCUGGGAAUGAGUAUUGAAUCACAGUGGGGUGCUUUCACAUUCCUAAAAGUACCACACAUUUUGCGGCAGCUACACUUCACCAUUCGAGGAGGUGAAAAUGGUGAUAGACAACAAGAAAAGCUGGAGUUCUCGCAGGAUGUGGUGGAUGCAUUAGAAUUGCUGCUACAAUACACACCGCUGUUGGACAUCAUGGAUGCCAAGUGUUCGUGUAACUGUAUAGAGUGUCUGCUCAAAGAACUUCUUAGGAACGGUUUGGUCACUGAGAGUCACGUUGCACACUUCACCAGUAAGAGGUGCGUCUUGCCACCAGCGCUCACUUUCCAGGAUGAGAGGGAAGCAGUAACUGCUACAGUACAGAAGCUGGACCAGGCAACCAGUCCAGCUUCGUCAAUACCAAAAGUGAUAGUGAGAGCAGAGCCGACACUGGCCAGGAUACUGAAAACAUUGGAUGCAGACUAUGUCAAGGUGCAGGAAGCACUUCUCAGCGUACUUUGCCAGGUGCUGACAGGAAAGAGCUUCGAACUGAUCCUGGCUGUAGCUGCUGUAGAGGGGAAGCUGCGGACAUUUGUGACUAAGCUGCUGAAAUUCAACGAGUGCAGUAAGCAGAUUGGAGGAGAGGGAGGGAAGGCUUCGCAAACGAGGGCCCUGCUGUUUGAUGUUACCUUCCUGAUGCUGUGCUCCAUUGUUCACACAUAUGGCCCAGAGGUCGUGUUGUCUGAAGAAGGGGGUGAUUCCUUCUUUGAGCAGUGGGUCAGGGAGUGCAUGGUGGAACGUGGACGACCCAAGUCGCCUGACCAAAUGUUGCAACAUUGUGACCCUGCUAGGGUUGAUGCCCUUCUUGCUCAGUUCAACUCUGCUGAUGGGGAUUUUAAAACUAGCCAAGUUAAGUGGCAUGAAGUGUGUCUCCAUGUCCCAGCUGCCAUCAGGGAGGUGUUACUAGCGUGGGAGCAUGGCGCAGUCACAGCGAACGAUGUGAAACGAAUCCUUGAUGCUAUGAGAUCACGGAUGUGCUGCCUUCCGGUCUGUGCAGCUGCAUGGCUCUGCAGCUACAUGCAGAUUCUGCACCAGGACGCACUGCUCAAGCCGCUGAACAUGGUGCAGCAGUUCCUAACUCCUCUGUCAAAUGAAGAUAUGUCACAGCAGGACAACUUCAAGGAGAGGUCAGGCCUGAUGUUCCAGAUAAUUCGCAAGAUGCAGUAUGAUGUGCAUCCACCAACCCAGUCAAAGGUCAAGGUGAUGACAUUGUCUCACAGCAUCAUCUCACGGCAGCCAAUCAGUGAGCAGCUUGAUUCUGUGUGGGCAGCGAUUCAACAGAGGGGUUGGGUUAACAUUGAGGCAACUCACUCCCUUGAGAGCCUGCUCAACACUGGUGGUUCGCAGUGGUUUGUUACGAAUUUGGUGAAAGAAGUGUUGAAGUUCAGAUACCAGGAGGAUCUGGACCGAGCAGUUGACCUGGCAUUUGGCGUGUUCCACUUAGACAUUGAACAUUGCACACUUGCUCUUCUGCUGCAAGUGUUGCCUCAGUACCUGUAUAACCGACUGCAGAGUGAAGAGUUGGUGGAGCCGCAAGCAUCUGCCCUGGCAAAGCUGUGUGCAUACUGUGUGUUUGCUGCAUUAGAAUUCCAGAACAAUGCCACACCUGGUCACGUGAAUAGCCGCAAAAGAAGUCGCCGAGACUUGGAAGGAGAGGAUCUGGAAGGUCUCUGUCCAUCGAGCAAGCUGCUGCGGUUGUCAUCUGGCGUGACAGAGGCAGCUGACACUGCAGCCCUCUUUGGAACAACUGCGUCCAGCAGUCAGAACUCAAACCAACCGUACAGCAACAGUAAUCAGCCAGUCACAAUCAAGGAGCCAUUACAGAAGGCACUAAAUGAUCUGUUUCAUACAUUCACGGUGAUAGCAGGGAGAGACGGGGAAAUCUCUCAGCAGACUCAUUUUGUGUGCAAGUUUCUUCAGUUUGUAGUACGUUGUGGCCGUGAUAGGACACGGCUGGUGCUUCAGGGCAUGCCAAACACAUUGGUCCCAUGUCUGUUGCGUUCCUUGCCUGAUUUAUUCACAAUGGAUCUGCUACUCAAACUGUAUGACAUAAAUACAGUGGCUGGACGCAAAGCAACGGCUAGGGAUCUCUGCAUGUUACGUAACAUGAACUUGAAGAUGUCCAUGAAAGAUGUUCUGUGAACUGUUAUCAUUGUUUGUGCAUUUUGAUAUAAUCUUUAUCAGAUUUACUCAUUCUUUGAGGUUAAUUCUUUAACUUCAAACCUAAUAUCUGAAUCUGGAUAUUAAUUAUGGUGUAACAUGUUAACUGUCACAGACUGUAUAUUUUUCAAAAUUUCAUAUUUGGCUUUGGAGGGAUUUUGAAAAAUCAGCCAGUAAAAACUAUUUGUAUGUAUUAUACAUGCCUAUUUCAUUUCUGCUUAAUACAUUUGCUUACAGUAUUCAA